AUGUCUCUGAUCAAGAAGGAGCUACCGCUGCAAGCACCCAAUACUGCAGGGGACCAGUUCCAGAAGAAGUUGCAAGCCUUUUACGACAAAUCCAGUGCCGAUUUUGAAGCGCUGCUGACAUUGCAAACGGAAAUGGCCCGUUUAUUUGGAUCGAUUGUCGAGUUUUUUGCCGAAGACCCCAAAAAGGCCACCCCCGACGAGUUCUUUGUGAACUUCAGCACUUUCCUGACCAAACUAGCG